UUGUGACGAUUUCACGCGGAAAAGGAAGCGCACACAAAGAGGUUAGAGUUCGCGAAUCGGUUUACAAGCUAGAAUUAAGUCAGUCCAAGCACGAUUCUCCGGCGGUUCGUCGGAAUCGUGCGGCUGCAGACUAUUUCCGCGAACAAGUGAACAGCGAAACCAAUAGUCUCAUGCAGAAGGUUGAGUAUUGGACUAAAUACAAGGCUGAAAACGAUCACGUUGAUUCGGUCUAUGUGGACCAAAUUGAUGUCGCUAUUGGGCAAACUCGGUUGUUGAUCACCAAAAAAUUCAAUCAAUUUUUGGGAUUGUGUGACGAAUGCGAGAAAGGAACCAGUCAACCACCGGUACUUCCUAAGGAUCUUGAAGGUUUUUGGAGUAUGGUGUACAUUCAAGUUGAGAACUGCGGUCUACGGUUUCAAAAGCUAAUGACUUUGCAAGAAAAUGACUGGGUCGAAGCGGAUCUCUUGCCAGUAAAGGUUAUUAAACAAACAAGAAAUAGGAAAGCAGCGAAGAAAGGUGGGGCUGCGUCCAGUGGAAUACAAAAAAUGAUUGAAGAAGCCAGACUCAAAAUGAAGGAGAGCAAAAUAGCUGCGACUGCUACAAAUUCAAGUAACACAGAUGGCGGCAACGGUUUUUCGAUGACACUACGUCAAACACCAGCGAGACUUUCGCUGUCGACCAUCAAAACACCGCGAAGCAUCAUAAAAGUGAAAACUCCCGGUGUAAAGCGCAGCACUAAAAGUGUGGCUUUCUCAUUCAUCGAAUCACCGACUGCGUCGCGUUCGUUGCGGGUCGCAGCUACACCGAACCCCAAAGUGAUUAAGCGUAGGGCCAGCACGAGUGGUGUGCCAUCGGAAAAGAAAGGUAUGACAACCGAUGGUGUGUCAGCAUUCCUGACCCCGAACAAUCGAAAAGUUUCAACAGCCCCAGCUACAUCAGCAGAUAGACGAUCUUCUCGCAGACUAUUCAGUAAUGUUGAGAACUAAUUUUUUGAUUCAAUUUUUUAUUUGCCGUUGAUUGAGCGAUUAAAUUUUGUGAUUAU